AUGGAAUGCCUCAACGCCCGUAUACCAUAUGCGCAAUGGCGCCUUCAUGUGUUCCGACAGUUGCUCGGAAACUCCCGUUUCCCUGCGAUAGGGCACGGAACUCGUCGAAGCAUUUCCUCGACACCACGGUUACGAACCAAUAACGCUGAAGACGCACCCAAACCUGAACAAUCCGACAACAGUAACGAAAUAUCAAAGAAAUUACCACCUUCCAAGCGCCUACCACAAUCUCCACUGAUCGCACAUCCGCGCCCUGGACCCGAAAAGAACCGCAAAAGACGCCCGACAAUACAGGAAUCAGCAGAACUGAACAAGAACCCAUGGGCUGUUGCACUCGCAUCUCCAAUUCGUAUGUGUGGUGUAACAGGAGUGAGACUUCCAGCUGCCUUUCUUGGGGAAUGGGGCUUGGUGCAACAACCAGAAGCGGACAAGCUACAUUUCAUGCCCGUGGGUCACAUGCAAGAUUCGCUGCAAAACACCAGACCCCCAAAUUCCAUGCCCUCAGAUAUACCCGAUACAGAGAAUGUUGAGAAUCAUGAGCUGUCAUCGGAUGGGACCGACGAGAGCAAAAGUUCAACAGUCAACACACAAAACCCAUUGGUCCAGCAGAACAACCAACAGGGACGUCAACUACUUCUUCGUAUUGUCGAAUCUCUCCCUAUUCUUCGAUUGAUAACGGUUCCACUCGCAAAGAAAUCUGGUAAAAAACCUGCUGUUUUGAAACUGUUGCCAUUUCGGUGGAAACAUCCUCAAGGACCAAUUAAGGCGAGUGAGGAGCGGAAACUCAACUGGAUGUCCAAUGCCCCUGAUAUCGUACUUGAGAGCAUGCGGAAACAGGUUUAUAAGAAGCUGGCUGCUGCGUCUACCAAGUUCAAGCGUCUCGGUAAACCCAAUGGGGUGUGGAGGGCUGUUGAUCUGCAUGAAUACUCAGAUUCUGCAUUGGAGGAAGCGCUUGGGCGUCUAAAGCCUUUCGAGAGAAUGGGAUGUGGUGGUCUGUUGCUGCUUGGACCAAAAGCUGACGGGACUGUUUCAGAACCAAUUGGCUCAUGUCCGGACUCCAUCACUCUCCCACAGACUGGGUCCAAGAUUCCAGUGUUUGAUCUACCGAGUCUUCUCUCGGAGUCUCAUAUGGCUACGCUGCGUGAAUCACACCCGCAAUUUCAACGCUCGGCGCUAUUCUUCAGACCUGAUGAAGAGGUGACGGUUGAUGCAAUGAUAUCCUUGUGGAAGCUAAAGCGACUUCUCGCGAAGCUGGAGUUGAAAAGUUCAUCGCUCUUGUUCUGA